GUCUGCCGAGAGGAGCUCCAAACGGUCAAACGCAGUCGACCGCCCCGGGGAGGAUCACACCGAGAGAUAUCCAUCGCUUAUCUUCCCCUCCCGUCGUUUGCUAGCUCGGGAAUAAUAUUCUCUCUCUGUCACAACCCAGAAAAGCUCCAUGUACUCGUACUGUAGACUUGUGAAUAUUUUUUUUUCCCACAAGGAAGACGGCGAAAUAAGACGGGACGCGGAGAACUAACUGGCGAGCUAUUAGGCUAACGUCGGCUAGCAAACCACCCGAGCGAGCUAGGUUAAUUGGCUAACGUUUAUAUGCUAAAUUCCUGCCUGUUAUGUCGAAUGGGUGUAUGCUUUUAUUAAGUGCACACUUUAGCUUGGCCUGGAUGUAGGAGAAAUAGUUGUGCGUCGGCUAUUUUUUGCCAUAUUUCUCCUCUUUGCGUAAGUUUUCUAGUAUCAGACAGUCGCCCCCAGGCAGCUAGCAUGUUAGCUCGCAGAUAUGGACGUUGCUCGCUGUUUAGUUUUAGACGGCAGGUCAGCCAGACGAGUUAGCCGCUCGGUUUAUCUGUCUCGGUUUAUGCUGGACACGAUAGCGGGACUAACUUAACUUUGAUUGGAGGUUAGUUAUCACAUUACAACAACCUACACCCCAAUCACAGGAGCGCUUCUUUUCCUCACUCGAUGUGUUGUUCCAUGCCUGAGAGAGCAGUUCAAGUGAUUGAGCUGACGUGAGGAAAAAAAGGGGUGAAAACAAAGUGCUAAAGAAGAGGACCAAGAAGUAAAAGUUAAGAUUUUGGAGGAGCUCCAACUGCCCGGACCAAAGUCGGUGUCCACUGUCAUGGCUGUGGGCCGAAUCACGAUGAAAUCACUCGCUAAAUUUGGGUUUUGCCUGACGAUUCUCCUGACUUCUGUUGCUGCGGCGCAGGGUGAGGAGAGGGAAUGUGCCUUCACGGACCAGCAGCAGCAGUGGGAGGUGGAGCGAGUGGCGGGCGGUGAAGGCCGGGUCUCCCCAGAGAACACCACCAUCAGAUGUGCCAAGGGCAGCCACUGUUUUGGCCUGUGGGAAAAAAGUCCACCAGGCGAAGUGCGACUAGUCAAACAAGGUUGCUGGACUCACCUGGGCGACCACCAGGGUUGCCGCGAUGACCGCUGCGUGGUGACCAACCUCCCUCCGCAGAUCCAGAAUGGGACAUACCACUUUUGCUGCUGCGGCAGUGACAUGUGUAAUGUCAAUUUCACAGAGGACUUCCCGCCGCCGAGCCCCACCACUGCACAGCCCAUCUAUCCUCACACGCUGCGCUAUCAAGAGACAGUAAUUAUCGCCCUGGCAACAGUCUCCGUGCUGGCCGUGGUUGCUGUAGCAGCCUUCUUUGGUUACCGCAUGAUGCACGGAAACGGUAAACAAGGCCUUCACAACCUGAACAUGAUGGAGGCAGCUGGUUCUGAGAGCUCUCUGGACCUAGACAAUCUGAAACUGCUGGAGCUGAUUGGGCGUGGUCGAUAUGGCGCCGUGUACUGCGGCUCUCUGGACGAACGGCCUGUCGCUGUGAAGGUGUUUACGGCAGCCAACCGGCCCAACUUUCUUAACGAAUGCUCCAUCUACCGGCUACCACUGCUGGAGCAUGACAACAUAGCCCGCUUUGUGGCUGCUGACGAGAGGACAGGCCCAGAGGGACGCACAGAGUACCUGCUUGUCAUGGACUACUACCCACAUGGCUCUCUGAGUCGCUACUUGAGCGGCCAGACCAACGACUGGGUGAACAGCUGUCGACUGGCUCACUCCGUCACUCGUGGCCUGGCGUACCUGCACACUGAGCUCUUUAAAGGAGACUUGUACAAGCCGGCCGUCUCCCACAGGGACCUGAAUAGCCGUAAUAUUCUGGUCAAGCCUGACGGCACGUGUGUCAUCAUCGAUUUCGGCCUGUCCAUGAAGCUGACAGGAAACAGGCCAGCGCGUCACGGGGAGGAAGAAAAUGCUGCUAUAAGUGAGGUGGGCACGAUCCGCUACAUGGCUCCAGAGGUGCUGGAGGGGGCGGUGAACCUGAGGGACUGCGAGUCGGCGCUGAAGCAGGUGGAUAUGUACGCCCUGGGCCUGGUCUACUGGGAGACUUUCAUGAGAUGUACCGACCUGUUCCCUGGCGAGUCUGUGCCAGAGUACCAGAUGGCCUUUCAAGCGGAGGCAGGGAACCACCCGACGUUUGAGGACAUGCAGGUCCUGGUGUCCAGGGAGAAACAACGGCCCAAAUUCCCCGAGGCCUGGAAAGAGAACAGUUUGGCGGUUCGCUCCCUGAAAGAGACGAUGGAGGACUGUUGGGACCAGGAUGCAGAGGCCCGCCUCACAGCCCAGUGUGCUGAGGAACGACUUGCAGAGCUGCUCCUCAUAUGGGACCGCUCCAAAUCUGUCAGCCCCACACUCAACCCCAUGUCCACCACACUGCACAAUGAGAGAAAUCGCAUGACGCCAAAGUCUGGCCCGUACACAGACCAUCCCUCCAGCUACAUUGAAGAGCACGAGGGUGUAGCCAAGAACACGCAGGCUGACACCACCAGCUCUGUGAAUGGCCGAACCGGAGCCGGGACCGGAGAGAGAAACAGGAAUUCCAUCAACCAGGAGCGCCAGCAGCAAGCCAACGCUCGCCUGCCCAGCCCAGAGGGCAGCAGCACCAGCGGGGGUAUGAGAGGCAGCCCUUCAGCCUCCACUACAACCACCACUAUUAUCUCUGAGUCUGAAGGAACUACAGGGACCGCCACAGUCCCUGUCUGCCUCCACCUGACCCAGGAAGACCUGGAAACCACUAAGCUCGAUCCUAAAGAGGUGGACAAGAACCUGAAAGAGAGCUCGGACGAGAACCUGAUGGAGCACUCGCAGAAGCAGUUCUGUUCGCCAGAUCCGCUGAGCCCAGGCAGUUCCAGCCUACUUUACCCCCUCAUCAAGAUGGCCAGUGAGGCCUCAGGCACAUCAGAUCCCGCUGCCACCAUGCCCACCACCAUCUUCCCCCUGCCCAAACAGCAGAACCUGCCCAAGAGGCCGUCCAGCCUGCCCCUGCGCAACAAGCCCACCAAGAAAGAGUCGUCAUCCUCUUCACUGAGGUUCAAGUUCGGACGCUCCGGGAAGUCCAACCUGCGGCAGGUGGAGGGAGCAAAGAUGAACAUUGGUGUUGUACCGGGUACAAACACGGCUGUAGAAGCUCACCGGGGCACAGGCACAAACAACAUACCUGCCCUACGAGACACGCACGCCAACGGUAGCGCGAAUGGAGCCGCCAACGGUCACGCCGGCACCAGCAUCUCGUCCAUGGCGACGGGCGGCGCCUCAGGUUUCGGAGGAUCCGGCAUAACUCACAAUGGUUCCGGAGGAGGCCUGAGGUCCGACGACGGCCGCCUGAGCCUCGGCGUCAUCACGGCCAGCCCCGACGAACACGAGCCGCUCCUGAGCCGAGAGCGAGAGCAGCCCGAUCCCAGAGACACGGCCUCGAGUGCGGCGGCCCUCCGCUCGGCACGACCCAACACCAACAACAACAACAGCAACACCGGCCACGGCCAGGGGGACGGAGAGAGCGGAGGGGAGAGCGACGCAGGAGAGGAGGAGGGGAGCGGAGAAGGAGGAAGCAGGGAAACCACGGGUCCCCCGGGAGAAAGCUCGGGGUCCGGGUCCGGCACCGCGGACCCCCAGAGGGAACCUCCAGUCACCAUGAGAGGGGAGGCUCUACUGAGGCAGCCAAGAGCUCGCAGGCCUGAGAGACCUAACUCUCUGGACCUAUCCUUCACUACACAGGACCUGGCCUCUCUAGGAGGGGGCUUGGUGCAGCCAGACGGAGCUCUGGGAACAGGAGAAAAGAUCAAGAAGCGCGUCAAAACUCCUUAUUCUCUGAAGAAAUGGCGACCCACCACAUGGGUCAUCACAGACACCAGGGGACCUGAGGUCAACAACAACGGGUCCAGCCACGGUCAAGGUCACAGUCAGAACCGGGCCAAGUCCAGUUCGGCUAUCUACCUGCGGGGGGGCAGCUUGGCCAGCGAGCCCAGCGACACGCAAGUGUGAACUCAGACCCUCUGUGACAAGACUGAAAAAAAAAAUAACCGGAGCGCGUUCUCUUUUUUGUUUGUUUUUUUUGUCUGUUCUGCUCUCUGCUCCGAGUCAGCAAGAGGAAGCUAUGGAGUGUCUUGUGAACAAACAGUCGAGUCUGAUCAUGUACAGUAAUUAGGUCUGUCUCGCUGCUCCCUGUGUGUCUUUCUGAUGAUGGCAUUGCUUUAAAUGGAAUCCAGCUAUGCAGCAUUUUCAUCUGCUUUCAGUUCCCGCGUUUUACUAACCCCCCCCCCCUUUUGGUCGGUUUGUUUGACGUAUCACCCUCAUGAGCAUAGUGACAUUUUUAUUUCUCUCGAAUGGAUUUCUUUUCUUUCUAUGUGCACUUUGAACCGAUUAAAAUCAGUGUUUUAGAAGUCCUGUCUGUUGCGACCACGACAAGAAGUGGUCUCUAAACUCUUUUUAAAAAAGGCGAUGAAAAACAAUCAACACUUUUGAGCGCUCUUUAUCUCGUACUUUGCUGUAUCAAGCAAUGCUGGCGAGUUAGGCUCUGUAAAGAAUCAACGGUCUUAAAAGACGGAACAAACUACUUUUUUAAAAUUUCUUUGAUUUGUAUGCAAUACCUUUUUUUUUUGACUAUGUAUCCAUGUUUUGUAUCAUAAUAAUUUUAAUUGUGCAAUAGGAUGUAGCUUUUAGAUGCUUUUGAUGUUUUUAUCGCUUCCAUUAUUUUGGUCAAUGUUUUAUCCCUUCAUUAUUAUUAUAUGUUAAUCUCUGUUGCACUUAUGAAUAGUCACAAUCGUUCGUAAACAAUCCACCAGAAACUAUCAUCCCCCCCCUCCGUCCCUCCCUCCCGACUCAAGAGGAGAACAUAGGUGACAAUCCUCCUCUCUUUACUUCUUCUCUGGACUAAUCCGUAAGUGGGCUCAAACACUAACAAUCAGUCCCAGCUGACUGGAGAAAAAGUGUGUUUUUUUUAUUUUAUUUCAUGGAACCUCUCUGCUUGCACAAUUCCACCAGGAACGGCUCGGACUCUGGGGUCUUUCAAAAACACUACAAUCACCAGAAUCUAAUCUUAAACGGAGAGAUCUGUUACAGUGGCCGAGUCAAUCGCUGUACCACUACCACCUGACCUCACUGUGGACUGUUUUUUGACUGUGCGUUAAGCUGUCUAUAUGUGACUGACAAAAGACCAGAAACACUAAAGCCCAGAUUCUGCUCUUGGAACUCUGCUGGAAAUCAAGACACUACUCUAAAAAAUAACAAAACAACACAAAAAAAAAGAAGAAACCCAAACCCUUCUGAGGCACGCUGGAUAUUAUUUCUGCUUCUUGUCGUCUCAUCCUUUCGAUGUUGGAAUGAGUGGGUCAGUGUGUGUGAGUGUGCACGUGUUGUGUUUCUUUACGUCGGCGAGCAUUAGAUUUGCCAGGGCCUAGCGCUGUACAGGCGUGCUGAAAUGUCAUUGUACUCCUUCUGUAAUUUUCAGCGCUGCUUCAGGGCAAAUGAAAAGAUCUCAUUUAUGUUUUUGUAAUCUGUAAUUUGUAUGAGAAAAAAAACAUAUGUAUGUGUAUUGCAUUGAUAUUUGCAUCAUUUUUAUGGAAUUCUGUUUUGCAUUCAAUGGACAUGGCCUUUGAUUCCAUUGCUAUGCGUCUGCUCGGUACAGUUUCUGUAACCAUUUUCAAGUCAAUAUGGAAGAAAAAAUCUCAAUAAAUGUAUGGA